UCAUCUCCCUCUGCAGAAUCGCCUCUUUCUGACAAACUCUCUGCUGUAAUUAUUCCAGGAAACGUUGAGCGUCGCUGCAGCACAUUAAGAUGUCAGACUUAGAGAACUGCCUGGGAACCAUCAUUGAAGUCUUCCACAAAUACUCGUCGAAAGAAGGAGACAAGUACAAAUUAAAAAAGAGUGAACUCAAGGAGCUGCUCACGCAUGAGUUUCCAACUCUCACUGAGCAAGUGAAAGACCAAGCUACAAUGGACAGUUUGAUGGAAAGUUUGGACACCGAUGGCGACUCGGAGUGUGAUUUCCAGGAGUUCAUGACCUUCGUCACCAUGGUUACCAUCUGUUGCCAUGAGUUUUUCGAACACCAUGAAGACGAAUGAGUCUAAAUAAAAGAAAGUAGUUUUCGUAGUUUAAUGAGUCUCAAUACAUUUCUUCAGUAAACUUUACUUCGUUCUCAUCGCAUUAGGAUUGUUUUAUUGUUGUUGUUUGUUUGGACAGAAUGUACAUGCAGCUUGUCUGACAAUUUAGCUUAUUUCUGCUAGACUCGAAAAUCAGUUCGUAAUUUAUUACAAAGCAUGCUUCUAUUAUUUUGGCUAGACAUUUGUUUCAAGACAUGGCCAUCAUAAAUCUCAUCGAGUGGAAUGCGGAUCCAGGUGUUUUACUCUUGUCAUUUCAAUUCCAGGCUGAUUGUGAAAUGUUUUUUUUCUUUUGAUUAGCUUCAGACUAUUAGGCUGCUAUUGACUUUUGUCAGAUUGUUCCGGGGCCUUAGACAAAUCACACUGUGCUUUAAAAAGACCCACCAAAGCGAAUUAUUCUUCUGAGCAUCUUGUAUGAUGUUUAUGACCAUCCAUAAAUGAUGUAGAUUUGCAAAUCAAUCCCAUACGAACUGUUAGAAUGAAUGUUUAUUAUGUCUUGAAUGCCCUAUUAUUUGUGUGUUUUCAACUGUAACCUACGCUUAUAGUCAGUGUUUCGAAUCUUCUGCCUUUUUCAUGAAAGAAAUAAGAUUUAAAAAUAAAUGUGUUUGCCACAGUUUAUAUAUAUAUAUAUAUAUAUAUAUAUAUAUAUAUAUAUAUAUAUAUAUAUAUAUAUAUAUAUAUAUAUAAGAACAAUUUACACCAAAAUCCAAAUGAAUAAAGACCUACAAUGAAUGUUUCUUUAAAAGGUCAAUCAAAAAGUGAACAAAUUGCAGAAGCCAAACUCUUAAAAUUCUGGAAUGAAAACUAGCUCAAGAAAAUAAAGAACAGAUGACAUUCA